AUGGGAGGACACAUUGGUCAAUCACAAGAGCUUAUUCUAAGCUUACAAAAAAAAGUCAAAGAUGGUGAUGCUGAUACUAAUGAAGUCUCUGCAUUUAUGCCAAUGUCACAUGUACAAAUCAGUAUGCGAUCCAAACGCGUGGAUAAAGAAUUAGGCUGCAAGAAGAAGAAAAACAGGAUACAGAAAGAUGGAAAAAGAAUUAAAAAAGUAUUCACCACCAAAAAGAAGAAAAAAGAUGGCAAACCGAAACGUGAAAAGGGUAUUAUUGUCAAAAACAGAAAGCCACGCCUUUUAGUCCGUGGUUCAGAAAAGGGAACCAAACAAGAUAACAAUGGCUGUUUAUUGUAUAACAGGAAACGUAACCUUUUAUCAUGGAUGAUUGAUUCGGGGGUAAUUUUGUCCGGUUGGAAAGUGAAUUAUGGGAAAACUAGAAGGAAGAAAAAGGCAUCGGAGGGGACAAUUACAAGUGAUGGGAUCGUUUGCAGCUGCUGUAAUCAAAGUAUGAGUAUAUCAGAAUUUGUAGGUCAUUCUGGAGGGAAACUUAAUCAGGUGUUUGAUGAUAUAUAUUUGGAAUCUGGAGUGUCUUUUAGGAAAUGUUUAUUGGAUUCAUGGAGGAAAGAAGAGGAUUCUGGUAGUAUCAGAUUUAAUCUUGUUGAUAUUGAAGGAGAUGAUCCGAAUGAUGAUACAUGCAACAUUUGUGGAGAUGGUGGAAAUUUGAUCUGUUGUGAUGGUUGCCCUUCUACAUUCCAUCAGAGUUGCCUUGACAUUCAAAAUUUUCCUCCUGGUGAAUGGAAUUGCUUCUACUGUUCGUGCAAAUUCUGUGGAGUGGUUUCCGUUAUUGCCCCUGACAAACCUUCAUCUGAAAUGCUCUCAUGUGGUUUAUGUGAGGAAAAAUUUCACCAAUCGUGCUCGAUCGAAGUGGGACCCAUUGAUAUGGAUUCCAACAGACCACCUUUUUGUGGGCAGAAAUGUCAGGAGCUGUUUGAGCGAUUGCAAACAUAUAUUGGGGUGAAGAAUGAACUUGAAGAUGGAUUCACAUGGAGUCUGCUUCAGCGUUGUGAUAUUAGUCAAGAUUUGAGUAUUCACGACAUUAAAUUAAAGGUGGAAAAUAAUUCGAAAUUGGCUGUUGCAUUUUCUGUUAUGGAUGAAUGUUUUGUGCCAAUUGUUGAUGGGAGAAGUGGAACCAGUAUAAUCCAUAAUGUUGUAUACAACUGUGGAUCAAACUUCCGGCGGCUGAAUUACGGUGGAUUUGUUACGGCUGUACUAGAAAAGGGCGAUGAGUUGAUCACAGCAGCAUCUAUACGGUUACAUGGGUCCCGGUUAGCUGAAAUGCCAUUUAUUGGGACCCGCCACAUGUAUAGACGUCAAGGGAUGUGUCGCCGCCUUCUCGAUGCAAUUGAAUCCACUCUUUCUGCUAUUGGUGUGGAAGAGCUGAUCAUUCCUGCAAUCCCUGCACUUGUGCAAACAUGGACCAAGGUUUUUGGUUUUCUCCCACUUGAAGAAUCAAAGAAACAAGAACUGAAGUGCAUGAGCAUGAUUGUGUUUCCUGGUAUCAACAUGCUUCAGAAGCCUCUUUUUCAUCCAUCUGCAGAUUCUGGCGAGAAAGACUUGGAAUGUACCACAAACCAUAAAAGUGUCUCUCAAACGACACCAAGCAAUGCAAUAGAUUGCAAUGAAAUGCCUGCUGAAAAUGCCAUUGAUUGUGAGAAAUUGGAAACCACAUCAUCAAAUGCAGUAGUAGAUUAUGAGGAAAAGCCUGCAAAAGAUGCUUCUGUUGGUUAUGAACAAAUGGAAGAAGAUAUCAUGAUAAUGGAUAAUGGCGGAUGUCCAGAAGAUGAUAAAUUAACUAAUUCUCACAACCUGUACGACUUAAAUUUUCCAGUAAAAAACAUUCCGGAUUGUACUAUUCGACCUUGUUCUACAAUGACUUGCGGGCCACACCAAUCGUCGGAAUCGGAAUCACACGUCGAGAAUCGUGAUUCUGUUUCUGCUGUGGUCAAAGAGUCUCCAUUGACUUCCCAAUUGGUUCCCAAAAUCACCUUUGACUUGAAUCUGCACCCUACAACAACUGUGGUUGAUUUCGUUGAGCCUAAGGUAGAUCUGACUCCGGUUUGUAGGGGAAUAAUUUAA